UUUUUGGCGUUUUAAUUUUCAAAAAGCACUAAAUCUAGUGCUUAAAGCACUAAGUUGGCAACUAUGGGUUUGAGUAAGCUGCGAUUUUAUAUGGAACGGCGAUAUCGGGAAGGUGAAAGAAACGCCUGGUUGUUAGGCGAUGCGGGGUAUCCUUUGGAGCCCUGGCUAAUGACUCCAUAUCGGUCUGUAAGUGAAGGCACCCAACAAAGCAAUUACAACAUGCGCCACUCCAGAACUAGAAAUAUAGUGGAGCGCACUAUCGGAGUCUUGAAAAACCGUUUCCGAUGCUUGUUGGGUGCACGGGAACUGCAUUACUCACCGAAAAAGUCAGUCUAAUUAUAAACGUUGCUUGUGCACUUCACAACAUUUGCAUUCACUACAGAGUGGAAGAUUUAAAUGCAAACGAAUUGGACUUUGAAAUCCGCCAGGAGGCCGAAGAAGAACAAAGCGGUGAUUCCAAUUAUGCUUCCGUGGGUAAUCGUAUUAGAGACAAUAUACUUUCUUUUUUUUAACUUACUAAAAACGAGUAUAAUAAAAAAGUAAAAAAAGGUGUUUUCUUA